AUGAUCGUCUUUCUUCAUAUUGCUGGGCUGGCACUGGUGUCAGCCAACCAGGAGGCGAUAUUUCCCUGGCAUAAAAAGCCAGCCAAAACACCGCCCUUCGAUCCGAAGGAAUUUGAGGCCAAGGUCGACAGGACGGUUGGCAAGCUGCUCUUUGAAAACAAACUCGCGGAUCACACCCUCUAUUCUGGUGUUGCUGGCGGAAAUCAGUUCGCCACGAUCUGGGUCAGGGACUUUUGCCAUGCAACAGGUGGCUUGCUGCUGAAGCCGAGCUGGCGGAUCGGUUCCAAAGAUGUUCCGUCCAAGCAGAUCGUGCUAAGCACCUUGAAGGAGAUUUUGAGUUUGAUCCACGAUGGGCAGGACGACUCCAAAAUCAAGAUUCCGCGGGCGUUGGAUUCACUUGGGGCCCACGAAGACUUGCUGACCUUCAAAGUGCUGAAAGGUGGUGCUGACUUAAAAAAGAAAGUGGUGUGGCCCUUUGGUGAAAAAGACCCUGGAGUCGGCAUGCAAAAAUUCCCACACGGAAAGAUGUACGGCUAUUUCAAGGGCGAAGCCGGAGCCAGCGAGACUUGCGAUGCAGGCUACUUGCUGAUCUUAGCCUUCACGAGAGUAGCUCCGUUGCUCAAUGACACCGAGCUCACAGACUUUUUGCAGUCCUCCAAAGAUAAGCUGAAGAAGGCCAUUGACUUUUACAGUAGUGCCCACAGAUGGGAGACGAGAAACGACAAGUGGUACUUCAACCAAACUGCAUGGUCGGAGUGGAAGGAUUCUGUCAAACAGGAGGGCAUCUCGUCCUAUUCCAAUCUUCAGCUUGUAGAGGCUCUCACAAAGCUGAUCAAGCUGAUGAAAAACGACAACCGUGUGGCUGGAGCGCUCGCAGAAGCCAAGCUCUUUGGUCCCCGUUUUGGAAGCACUGGGCCACAGAAGUUGGGAGAUGGCAGCAAUGGGCAAUAUGAUGCUUUGUUGGGACACCUUCACGACUGGACUAUGGAUGUCUAUGACUACUUCCACGACAACUCCACUGGCUUGCUUCGAGAAUUGGAUUCGCACAAGGACAAAGAACUGCUGAAAAUUAGUCAUAUUGAUGCGAAUCUUCAGUGGUUGGAAACAAAUGAGCACAGUCAGGAAGCACAAAAGCUAAUCAGUUUAAGCAAAAUCAGUGAGGCCUUUGUGCAGCGCAACCAUGGUGGUGGACUACGCACUUUACAUGGGAUCAACACACUUGGAUGGCCGCAAAAGGAGGUCAGUCCCGGCAAGUCGGUCAUCGGGCUCUACCAGUAUCACGGCACUUUCGCCUGGAGUUGGUGGACUUGUUGGUUCGCUGAGAUUGCGGCCAAAGAGUCCAACACAGAACUUGCGCAGGAGUUGCUGCAGUUCAUUUGGCGCACACAGUACGAUUCAGCUUUGGGAGAUCAGAAGUUCUCCAAUUACAUCAGCGAGGUGUACUCGAACACGCACAUCGUGCAUACCAUUGGCUACGUGUCAGAAACACCGUUUUUGUGGGGUAGCUCUUACUGUGUCCGGGCCAUUGAAGCUCUGAAACAAACCCAGGCUGCAACUACUGCAACACCUGCAGCACUGGAGGAGGAAGGGCAGCUAAAGCAUGAGGUCAACCAGGUCAACAACACAGCCUUGUUUGAAAAUGCUGAGGCAGAGAGUGAGCCAAAGCAAAGGCUUUCGAGGCGCUUCAGCUUGCGCAGCAAUGCAAAGUUGGAAGCUACUCUGCAGGGCUCGGAUGAGGCCAUGUUCCUCCAGGAACUUUGA